AUGGAAGAUCUUGAAACUAACGUGGUUGUUGAAAACACUAUAGACGAAGACAAGGUGCUAUACAGUUUUCCUUUUAAAUAUUUUCAUUUAUUAGUAUAUGCUUUUAAGAAUUAUUACUUUAAUAUUUAUUUGAAAAAGGUACAUAAUAAUAAUGAUAAUAAUAAAAUUAAAAGUAAUUUAAUUGAAGAUUAUAAAAAGGAAGAAUUUAUUGAGAAUGUGGAGGAAAUCCAAGAAGCACCAGCAUUAGCAUUAGUAUCAUCAUCACCGUCAUCAUUAUCAUCUUCGUCGUCUUCAUCAUCAUUCAAUCUUUUAAAAAGUAAAUAUAAUUAUAAAAAAAAGAAAAAAAGCAGAUAUUGUGAUAUAAAUGAUAAGUUAAAUUUUGUAAAAUUUAAUGAAAAAAGAAAAUGCACCAACCGUUCUUAUAAUAAUCGUUAUUAUAAUGAUUAUCUAAAAAAUGAUAAUUUCUCAAAAUAUCUUUCUUCCAAAAAUAACAAAAAAAAUUCCAACUUAAAAAAAAGUUCCAAUUUGUUUAUUAGUGAAGAACAACCUGAACAAGGUCAGGAGGAUUUUUUAGAAUAUUCUGAACAAGACAUAAUAAAAUUAAUUUAUUAUUUUAUGGAGAAUUUUAUUUUUAAGAAGAAAAAAGAAAAUAGACAAAUGAAUGGAAAACAGUUAGGAGAUAGAACAAAUGAAUAUGUGGAUAUGUAUACGAAAAAAUCUUAUAGUGAUAAAAAUGUGAAAAGGAAAAAAGAAGGCAAAAUAAAUAUAAAAGUAAAAAAUAUUUCUCAAAUGAAUGUUAUUAAUAAGAAUGUUGAGCUAGCCAUUUUGGGACGUGACUCUCUUUCCUUGUCAUUACCUGAAGAGGUAAAGGGGGAAAAUGACCAAGUUAUAAUAAAAGAAAUAGAUGAAAAGGGAAAGAGGGAUGAUAAAAUAGGAACUGUGUUAAAUGAUGAGAAUGUAAAAAGGAAUUUAUUAAAUGGUUUAUUAGUUUGUAACGAAGAGGAUAACGAAGAAGUUAUUAAUAAAGAAGUUUUAUUAUUAAAAGAAAAUAAUAUAAAUGAUAUAAUGAAAAAGGAUGUUUAUAAAACUAAUAUGUCAAAUGAUAAUAAAUUAAAUAUGGAGAAUAUUGAAAAUGAUAUUAAUUUAACAAGUAUAUGUUAUAAAGAAAAAAACUCAAGUGAGCCUUCUGAUGUAACACAUAUAAAUAUUGAGUAUGAAGGAAAGGGUAUUCCAAAUAAUGGAGAUACGAUUGAUGAAAAUAUUAUAGAUGAUGAAAAAGAAAAUAAAAUAAUAAAGGAUGAGAAGGAAUAUAUGGAAAUAGGAAAUAAUGAUGACAUUAUAAAUGAUUGUAAGAAGAAUAUGAAUAAAGAAAUAUCUAUGAAAUUAGGAAUGAAAGGAUGUGUUGAAGAGUCAAAUAAUAUAUCGGAAGCUGUUAAAGAAGAAGAGAAAUUAAAAAUUUUACAAAUAAUUGAUAAUUAUUUACAAAAAAAUGAAAUGUUUUUUAAUAUGAACGAUAUAUUUUAUCCUUUUACGAUUAAGAAUUUUAAUUUGUGUAAAAAUAAAAAUGAGAAGAAUAAAAUGAAGAGAAAUACAAUAACGGAGAGGAGAUACCUAGGUAAUAAAAAUAAUAAUAUAAAUAUCUAUAAUAAUAAUAUAAAUAUGUAUUAUAAUAAUAAUAAUAUAAGUUCUUUGAAUAAGGUUCAAUGUAACAUGUCAAAUAGUAAGGGUGUCUAUAUAUCUGAAGAGAGUAAUAAUAAUUGCCCGUCAAAAGAAUAUAUUAAAAAUAAAAUAUAUUUCAGCAAAUUAAGAAUGGGUUUGAAUAUGUUAUUGAAGCAUGAGAAAAAAUCCAAGAGAGGAAGACGAACAGGAGGAGCUAGUAAAAAUUAUAAGAAGGAAUUAGGUGAGCAAAAAAAGAAGGAUGGUAUGGAUUGUGACAUGUUAGUACGUGAUUCUUCAAAAAGGGUUAAUAAAAGUAGGAAUAAAAAUAAGCUCCCUGAUAAUAAUAGGAAUAAUAAUAAUAAUAUGAAAGAUAAUCUGGAUAUUAAUAUGAACAACAAUAAUAAUAAUAAUAACAACAAUAAUAAUAAUAAUAACAACAAUAAUAAUAAUAACAAUAAUAAUAACAACAAUAAUAAUAAUAAUUAUUAUGUUUAUGGGGGGGGUGCUACAAACAUUGGUAAUGGAAAAAAUAAAUUUGCGAAUUGUAAUCUUCCAUAUGAUAAUCCAAAAGAAUAUCAUAAUGUAAUAAAUAAGGAUAAAAAUUUGAUCAGAAGAAAUAUCUUGAAUGUAGUAGAUACUAGUAAUAUGAGUAUGUAUAAUUCACAUAAUGGUGAUAAUUUUAAUAUUUUAAAUAAGAAUGAACCUUCGUUUAGUAGUACGAAUACAAAUAAUGUUAUACUGAAAAGUAAUCAUAAUAACAACAACAACAAUAAUAAUAAUAAUAACAAUAACAACAACAAUAAUAAUAAUAAUAAUAAUAAUAAUAGUUAUAAUAAUAUGAUUACCUUUGUAGAGAAUAAUGAACCUAAUGAUACAGGAAAUUUUUAUAACCCCAAAAGUUGUGUGCCAUAUUACGAUAAGACGAAUAAUAAUAUAAAAAAUGUGGAUGAUAAUUAUAAUCAAAAAAAUUACAAUGUUGUAAGUUUUAACAAUAGUCAAGUGCAUCCACCUUAUAAUCAUGAGGAGGAAUAUAAGAAUAACUCUUCUAAAGUUUGUAAUACAUAUACGAAUAAUUAUAUGCAUAAUAUUAAUAAUGUGAAUUAUGCUGGAAGUAACAUGAACGCCUGUUUAAAUGAGAAUUCUGUAAAAAAUGAUGAAGAUUGUAAGAUAAAUUAUAUAAAUAAUAAUAAUAUGGAAGAAAAUAAAAAUAUUGAUAAUGUUAUAAUAAGAAUGUAUAAUAAAAAAAGCCACACGCAACGUAUGAACGUCCCAACUAAGGAUUUGAAAAAUGAAGUAUAUAAUAAAACAGGACAUGUAAAAACAUGUAAUGUAAUAAAAAGUAAAACAAUUUCAUUAAAUAAUAUAGUACUAGAUUUAAGUCCUAAUGAACAGAUGACAAACGGUAUGUAUGAAAAUGAAGAUAUGUAUAAUGUUAGAUUUAAAAGUGAUGAAAAUUAUUAUAAUACAAUGAAUAUGAUUGGAUAUAUGGAUAAAAUAAAUAAUAUGAAUAAUUUAAAUGUGACGAAACCUACUAGAAAAAAUAAUAAAAGUAAUAAAAAUGCAGGUAAGGAUAAGACGAAAAGUCGAGAUGGUAAGAAUAAUAAUGAUAGUAGCAAUAGUCCUCAAAUAUUUGAAGAUAAUCAUGAUGAAUAUAAGGAUGAUGAUGAUAACAACAACAACAAUAAUAAUAAUAAUAAUAAUAAUAAUAAUAAUAAUAAUAAUAACAAUAUUAAUGUUAAUAAUAAUGGUAAUAAUAAUGGUAAUAAAGAAAAUCAUCAUGGACAUAAAGAAAACGGGGAUAAUAAAAAGGAUAAUGAUAGGAAUAAUAAGGAAAAUUGUGGUCAUAAUAAUAAUCAAGAUAAUGAUUAUAAUAACACAUAUAAAGAUAAUGAAGGUAAUAAUAUGACAAGUUUUUAUAAUAAUAAUAUUAAUACGAAUUAUUUAGAUGAACGAGAAAAUUAUUUGUGCAUGGAACAAAAUAAUAUUUAUUUACAAAACGAAAAAGGAAAGAAUAACAAUGAUGCUUUUCUAGGACCAGAACAAAAUUGUAUUGCUACCAUAGGGUCUUGUAAUAAUAAUAAUAAUGAUAAUACGAGUAAUAAUAUGAAGAAUAAACUGAUUAGGAAUAUGAAUUUUAAUGGAAACGUUAAUGUAAAUAAUUAUAAUAUUACCGAUAAUGAUAAAUGUUUAUAUAAUGUAAAGAAUAUUAUAAAUAAUAAUGAGAAGAGAGGAAAUCUUUGUUAUAUAAAAAAUGUAAAGAAUAUGAAUAAUCUACAUAAUAAUAAUAUAUUGGGAAAUAAUACCUUUGAGCGAUUUGACGAUAAUAACACUGUACAUAUGAAUUCUUAUGAUGAUCAAUUGUAUAAUCCUUUAAAUGAAGAGGAAGAAAAAAAAAAGAAAAAAAGAAAGAAAAAAAAAAGUCCAACAAUUAUAAAUAAUGAUGGUAAUAUUAAUAAUGAUGGUAAUAUUAAUAAUGAUGGUAAUAUUAAUAAUGAUGGUAAUAUUAAUAAUGAUGAUAAUAUUAAUAAUGAUGGUAAUAUUAAUAAUAAUGGUAAUAUUAAUAAUGAUGAUAAUAUUAAUAAUAAUGGUAAUAUUAUUCAAGAGACACAAGAUGAUUUCUAUCUAACUAAUCAUAUUAAUAAUAAUCAUAUGAUGCAUAAGCAAAACAUGUCACAGAAUAUUAUAUAUCAUAACAAGGUAGAUUAUUUAAAUGAAAAUGAUUCUAAUAUGAAUUUAUUGGAUGAAAAGAAAAUUGGAUACCAAAAAAAGACAAGUAAGAAAAAUGAGGGAAUUAUGAAUGGGAAAAAAGGUAAAAGAAAAUACCAAAGAAAAGAUAAUAAAAAUGUAAAUGAUUCGAAUGUGUUCACAGGUAAUAAUUCCGUGUUCAAUAUUUUGCCUUCGUUGUACACAAAGGUAGAAAAUGAAAUUGAUGUAAAUAAUAAUAAUAUAAAUAAUAUAAAUAAUAAUAAUAUAAAUAAUAUAAAUAAUAAUAAUAUAAAUAAUAUAAAUAAUAAUAAUAUAAAUAAUAUAAAUAAUAAUAAUAAUAAUAAUAAUAGUAAUAUUUGUACGUACUAUAAUUACAAUACAUACGAGGUGAUAUAUAAUGACAUCCAUAAUGAUGAUAAGAAGAAAAAAAAAAGCGAUAGCAAGAGAAAAGAUCGAAAUAGUAAAAAGAAAAUAAAUAUAGAACAAAAGAUUGAAAAUAAUAAUAAUAAAGAAAGCUUUGAUAAUAAUGAAAUGAAUAAUUAUAAUCAUGAACUUGAAAGAGUUACAUAUGAUAGUAUAAAUAAUAAUGGUAAUAUUCAUAAAGGUGAUUAUAUCAAGAACAAUGUUUAUAAUAAUAAUUAUCAUCUUCAUGAUGUUAAUACUAAUAGUGUUAGUAGUUUAAAUAAUAAGGCAUCAAGUUUUAAUACUAUUUUUACAAAUUCUAGGAGUACCUUUCCCAAAAGCCUCUCAUUUAAUAGUGACGUGACAAACGCGAAGGAUGAAAUUAAUGUGAUAGGACUUGCUAAUAGUAUUUCUACAGGUAAUUCUACAGGUAAUUCUACAGAAUGUGUAAAGGAUGGAAAUAAGGAUCUUAUAGGGUAUAUACAAAAAGUUGAUGAAAUGGAUAAAGCUGGUCAUAUGAAUAAGGUUGAUUUUAUAAAUAGUGGUAAUAAUGAUUAUAAAAACAAGUUGGACAUUAUUAAUAAUAAAAUGUAUGAUCAAUUUAAUAACGUAAAUACCGGAAGAUACCAUAGUAGUAAUAUUUGCAGCGAUAAAAAUUAUCGUUUAAAUAACUGUAUAAAUAAAAGUAUGGAUUUAAAAUAUAGUACAAAUAAUAUAAUUAUUAAUAAUAUGAAUAAUAAUAUAUUUCCUAAUGAAUGUAAUAAUAAAUAUGUUUGUGGUAGUGACGACAAUAUGUUUCUGAAUAAAAAAAAAAGGUCAUGUUUCUUUAUGUUGAACGAGAAAGAAAAAUGUACUUUGAAGAGGAAGGUUACUACUACAACAAGUGGGAAUAAUAAAAGUUAUAUUAAUAAUAGAGAUAAUAAGAAAAUAAAAAAAACGGUGGGAACAACAAAUAUGUAUGAUGAUACUAAUGGUGAUGGUAACAUAAGUAAUAUAUCUUCUAUGGUGCAUAAGGAUGAAAAUAUGGUAAAUGGAUAUACUAAUAAUAAAAGUUCAUAUAUAUCUAAAAAUAUCCAAGAAAAUGAUAUGUUUAAUGAAGAAUAUAAUCAGCAAAUAAACCAAGUUGGGAAUUAUGACAAUAUAGCUAAUAAUAAUAUUACUUCUAGUCAACAUAUACAAGGUAUGUAUGAUAAUAAUAUUUAUGUAAAAGGUGUUGGUUAUAUGAAUAAUACAAAAGAUGUAAAAUGUGGAGGAAUGUCAACAUAUAUGAAUGAUAACGAGAAUGGAGUUAUGAACAUGGAAAUGUCGAUAUUAUAUAACGACCGUAUUGUGAACAAUAAUAAUAAGAAGAAUAAGAAUAAGAAGAACAACAACAAUAAUAAUAAUGGUGGUAUUGAUCAUGCGCUUCCUAGCUAUCAAAAUGUUAUACAUAAUAAUGAUAAGGUUGAUCCCAUUAAAGAGGAUAGUAAUAAUAGAGUAGGUGUAGUAACAAACGAGGGAAACAAUAAUAUUAUUAUGAAUAUGAAUGAAGAAAGUAGUUUGUUUAAAAUUAUGGGCAACGAUGAAAAUCGGCAAAAGGGGAUAUUACAGCAUAUAAUAGGAAAUAAUAAUAAUGAUAAUAAUAAUAAUAAUGAUAUUAAUGAUAAUAACAACAAUAAUAAUAACCACAACAAUAAUAAUAACCACAACAAUAAUAAUAAUAAUAAUAAUAAUAAUGGUUCGUAUAAAAUAAUUAACGAGGGUACUUUAAACAUAAAUGAUGUUAUGAAAUAUGAUGGAUUAGCAUCAUCAUGUUUUCCAAAUAUAAACAAUGAAUGCACGAGACAGAUGACCUUAAACAAAGAUGCAAGUAAUAAGAACUAUAAUUUUAAUGAUGAAGAACAGGUUUCCUAUUUCGAUUUUAGAAACCACAUGAAGAGUUAUUACUAUGAUAAGAUGAGUGAGUCUUAUAGAAAUAAUAUACAAGAUCAUUAUAAAGUUGGAGAUGAUAAUAUGGAAGGAGGGGUUUUGAAACGUAUGAAAAACUCAAAGAAAAAGAAAAAUGCUACAAUAAAUGAUGAUAAUAAUAAAAGUAGAAAUAAGAAAAAUAAAAAUAUACACAACAACAACAAUAAUAAUAAUAAUAAUAAUAUUAGUAAUUACCAUAGUGGUGAUAAUAAUAAGGUGAACUUUUCUUUUACCACACCCAUAACACAAAAUAUAUUUAACAAUGAAAAUGUUUCAUUACACAACCUGCACACUGAUAUACAUACCAUGAACACAAAUGAAAUUUGUAAUAAAUCUUCUUUACCUUUUAACACCGAUGAAAUAAGAGGAUAUGAAGAUAAUAAUACAAAUAUUAGAAGAACAUAUAUGGACUAUCAAGAACAAAAUUGUUUAGAUGAUAAUCAUAUCAUAUUCAAAGAAAUAAAAAUUAAAAAGAAAAAAGGAAGAAAACCAAAGGUGUCUCUUAUACAAGAAGAAAGAAAUGUCAACUUGAAAAAUAAUCAACUUUAUGAUGUUGAUAAUAAUUUAAAAUCUUUUGUUAACGAUGAUCAUACUUAUAAUGUAAAUCAAAGUAUGAAUCAAAGCAUGAAUCAAAGUAUGAAUCAAAAUAUAAAUCACAACAUUAAUCUUACAAUAAAACAAAAUAUUCAUGUCGAUUCUCAUGAUGAUAAUUUAAUUGUAAAUAAAGACUUGGACAAGAAUAAAACGAGUAGUGAUAACAAGAGGAAAGCAAAAGUAACUAGAAAAACGAAUGAUAUAAAAUUAGGAAAUGAGAAAGUUGAAACUGGUGCCUACGACGAAAAUGGAGAGAAGGUUUCAGGUGUUUGGUAUGACACAAAUCGAAGGCUCUGGAGAGUUAUGUAUAUGGAAAACGACAAGAGAAAAACGCGAGGGUUCUCACCACGUAUCUAUGGAUUUAAUGCUGCAAGGGAUUUGGCUGUACAAUUAAAAUAUGAAAUGAACAAGAAAAAUAAAAAAUGA